AUGUCGUCCACAAAAAAAAGCUUCGAAGUUGCCAUCGUGGGCGGCGGCAUAGCCGGAAUGAUUCUCGCGAUCUCCCUUAUCAAACGAAAUGUGCCAUGUAUCAUCUACGAGAAGGCACAUGCGUUCACUGAGCAAGGCGUCGGUUUGGGCAUGACUCCAAAUGCAGUGCGCGCCAUGCAGUUUUGCGAUCCUGCGGUUAGAGAAGCCUUCGAGAAGGUGACUGAGCCUCCAUUUCAAUGGGAUUUUCUCGACGGCACAAAUGAGACGAACGACAGUAUCACCCGAUUUUCUCUCGGUAAUACAACCAUAGGACUGAGGGGCUGUCACCGCGGGCAGUUUCUUAGGGGAUUGGUUGAGCUGGUCCCUGAGAGCAUGAUACGGUUCAAGAAACAGCUAGAACGGGUUGAAGAACAUCAGGGAGCCUCCGGAAAGUUAACUUUGGUCUUUAGCGAUGGUACCACAGCCGAAACGGAUGCGGUCAUCGGUUGUGAUGGGAUCAAGUCCCAUACCCGUGGCAUCGUUGUCGGACACGACCACCCGUCUGUGAAGUGUACUUACUCUCAAAAAUACGCCUAUCGGGGACUUAUCCCUAUGUCACAAGCUAUAGAGAUUCUAGGCCCGGAGAGAGCGAAGGCGUCCGGCCAGUGGGUUAUUCAGGCACUCAAGGGCCUCGACCGAUGGGGACAAUUCGAUCUUGGCGACCACCCUCCUCCAACAUAUGCCAAAGGCCGCAUCUGCCUCCUUGGUGAUGCAGCUCAUGCCACUACACCACAUCAAGGCGCUGGGGGAGGCAUCUGUAUAGAAGACGCCGCAGUUAUGGCAUCGCUUCUGGCAGAAGAUGGAGUGCGAUGCAGCGCUGAUCUUGAAGCUGCGUUUGCUACAUUCGACGAACAUCGUCGGGAACGGGGUGAGUGGCUUAUCAAGAGCAGCAGGCGAGCUGGCGAGCUGUAUCAGCUUCAAUCUGAGCACGGAAAAGACUUUCAAAAGUUAGAAGCAGAAAUCCAGGUGACUUCUAAGAAGAUGUGGAAUUUUGAUAUCGAGUUGAAUAUUCAGAAAGCAGUAAGGGAUUUAAACAAACGACUUACUGCAUAA